ACUUUCUUAAUUAUUUUUCUUUUCUGGGAUAAUAUUUUUCAAGUGGCCACGAUGUUUCUUUGCUAUAUUUUUUUUUGCAUUGUUUCUUUUAAUAAAUCUAAUCAUAUUAUAAAUUAAUCACUCAUAUUAGAGAAAUAAUCUGUGAUAAAAAUGAGUUUACAAUCUACAAGUUUAAGACGCUGGAAAGUAGGAGAUAUAGCACUUGCUAGAGUUUGCAAGAAGUUUUACGCCAAAGUUCAAGUGGUGAAAAAUGAAGAUGGGCUUUUUCACGAUGUAAAAGUUUUAGGUAUAACAGAAGAUGAAAAUGGCGUAAUAGUAACAAAAGAGCUCUGUUAUUAUGUAGAGAUGGUCCGUUACAAACAACAGAUGUGGCUUCCUUACACCUCUCUGCAACUUGCUGAACGUUCCAGACCUUUCUAUGGCUCAUCUCCUUCUAUUAAAACGCCUGUAACCAAACCUGUUUUAGAAAUUGCUCAUAAAAAGAGAAUAAUAAAAAAAGACCAUGUUGUGCCUUUUAAUGUUAACUCAUUAAAAUCUGAGGAACCAGAUUUGAACAUUUCAAGUGGGUUAAGGCAACAAUCUAUGGAAGAGGAAGUGGAGGAGGAAAAUGAUGAUGACGAGGAAGAGGACUAUAAUGAUGAUGACGAGGAGGAGGAAGAGGGGGAGGAUGAUGAUGAUAGUGAUGAUGACGAGGAGGAGGAAGAAGAGGUUGAUGAUGAAGGUGAUGGUGAUCAUGAUGAUGAUGAUGAUGAGGAUGAUGAUUAUAAUUAUCCUAUAUUUGAGGGUGUUGAAAAGGAGGAUCGUGAUAAUGCUUUCAAACACAUUGUAAGACUUGGCAAGGACCAUCUUUUUGAUUACUAUUACAGUAUAUUGUGCCAUGAAAGAGAAAAGAACAAAGACAUAUUGAAUAACCUUGGUAAUGUUGGUGAUGCAAAUAAAACUAGUGAAGAUAGGUUUGAAAUGGUGAUACAAAAUAUUAUCACAGUGAAAGAGGUAGAGAACUACUUUCAUCAUUGUUGGAGACACCGCCUUAUUGAUACACAAAUACGCAAACCAAAGACACCAGUUUCACCAGAUAAUAUGGACUCUUCCUCUUCAUCAGAGUUAAACUUAAGUAAUAUCGAAAUGGAGGACACAGUGACCGUACAUGCGCCGUGGUGCCUAGUGUGCGGAGGAUCGGAUCUAUUGUGGGAAUGCACAAAAUGUCCAGCUUCCUUUCAUCUUGCUUGCAGGAGUGAAUGGCUUGUCAAUAUUAUACAUCGCCAGAGUCAGCCCAAAAAUACUCAAAAUCCAGUGACUAUAGUGGAGAAAAUUAUGUCGAGCACUAGAACAGUUUGCUCUGUAGAAGAAGAGGAGGAGAGUCUCGAGAUUUGUCCGAGUUGCAAGUGGGGACCUGAAGUAGGCUACGACGACGUGGUGUGGCACAAGCUGUCGACCUGCUCGUGGUGGCCGGCCAGGAUACUGAAUCCGUUCAACAUACCGAGCUGUCUCCUCGCCGAGGACCACUGUCCCAAUGAGUUGCCGCUGCGCUAUUAUGGUACACUGAACCACUCUUGGAGCGAUACCAGUAAAAUGUGUGUGUUCUUGCCGAAGCACACCGACAUUGUGCAGGCCAAUGACGAAAUGCUGCGUAAGGCGAUGUGGGAUGCUUGUGACGAUUAUAUUUCAGUCUAUCUUGUUUAAAUGCACAUCCCGAGCAUUAUAGUACGAGAUCCGGCAUGAGACGUAUCGCGACCAAUAGCGGCGAAAUUAAAAAUUUUCAGCUGUUAUUCGUCUACAACUCGACAAUAUAUCUUUCUCUUAUUACGUCGUUGACGCAACUGGCAAGUUCGUUGAUAACACUCCCAUGAUAUGCGGUCGACGAGGGGAAAGACUGCGCGGGUGUGGAAGUGAGGUGCAUCAGUCGUGGGUUUUUCAUUCAUCGCUACACGCCCCCCGGCUUGCGCGGACUAUCUGGAGUGUUACGAACGAAGUUGCCACCCUAUAGGUCGCGAUACGACUCUCGUCUCAAGAUAUAAGCGCUCCUAAACGAAAGCAUAAAUGCAAAAUUAUACUUAUCAUAAAACAAAACAAUUUAUAUAUAAUCUAAAUAUACCAAAGGUGCAUGCAAUGCAACAUACUUUAAGUAUAAUAAAACACGUUUUAAACUAAAUAAUAUAA